CCGUUCUGACCUACUAGCAACUGUUACGGCUAUAACUCAAGAUAGGACCAUCUCAAAUUUGGAAAAUGUGUCACAUGUAGAUCAACUAAUGAAAUCGAAGCGAAACUUAUUUGAGUUCAAGAUAAAUGCCACUAGAUGCUCUUGCAAA